AUGGUUGAUAUUAUUGUUUACGGAAGUAUUGCGCAAGAUUUGGUAAGUUACACGGAUCAAUUCCCACGACCAGGUGAAACUAUAAAAGGUACAUUUGCUACAUCGCCAGGAGGGAAAGGUGCUAAUCAAGCUGCUCAAGCUGCAAUGUUAGGUGCUGCAGUAUGCAUGAUUGGAAGAGUUGGCAAAGAUGCGUUUGGAGCAAGUAAUGUGAGUAAUCUGAAAAGUUUCGGCGUAAAUACUGAAUAUAUUGACGUUAGUGACAGCGAAAAAACUGGUUGCUCAACAAUAAUUGUUACAAAGGAUGGUGAAAAUUCAAUAGUGAUUGCACCGGGUGCAAAUCAGGAAUGUUUGAUAUCCCGGAUUAAUGAGCUGGAGGGAGUUAUCGCUACCGCAAAAUUGGUACUUUGUCAAAAUGAAACAGCAUAUGAUUCCGUAAGAAGAAUAUUUGAAUUAGCCAGAAAGCAUAAUGUGCAAACAUUCUUGAAUUAUGCUCCAGUUGAAGAGACUUUCGCUAAAAAUAUUUUAAAACUGGCGGAUAUAUUAUGUGCAAACGAAAUAGAGUCCGAAUAUCUCUCAGAUCAGCAUAUUGAAUCUAUUGAAGAUGCGCAGAAAGCUGCCAACAAAUUACUGGAAGCUGGUCCACUAAUCGUCAUUUUAACGCUUGGAGCGAAAGGUGUUACAUAUGCUAGCAAACAGGGCGAUUCCGGUCACGUAACGGUACCAGCAGUUGAAGUUGUUGAGACUACAGGUGCUGGCGAUAGUUUCUGUGGCGCAUUUGCGUAUUUCCUGGUGAAACGACCGGAACUGCAGCUAAACGAACAAAUCCGACGUGCCGCAUACAUUUCUACUCUUUCGGUACAACGAAAAGGCACCCGUGAUUCAUAUCUAUGGCCAAAAGAUCUACCUCCGAACUUACUCAUGUGA